UAGCCUCAAGCACCUAGCAUGUUGUGUAACUCCCUCAAGGAACACUUCCUUGUGCUGGAUCAAAACUGCCCACCUAUCUGUGAGGUGCUUCAUCCCUGCAGUGGAAGCAAGGAGGAAGAAAGGUGAACACCUUUUCUCAAGCACUUGUGCUCUCCUCUGCCAGAAUCACUCAGAAUGCUUCCCGGGUGUAUAUUCUUGAUGAUUUUACUCAUUCUUCAGGUUAAAGAAAAGGUCAUCCUUGGAGUAGAGGGUCAACAACUGGUUCAUCCUAAAAAGCUUCCUCUGAUGCAGAAGCGAGAUAUUGGACACACCCAUGAUGAUGACAUAGAGGAAACGUAUGAAGAAGAAUUGAUGUAUGAAAUAAAACUAAAUAGAAAAACCUUAGUCCUUCAUCUUCUAAGAUCCAGGGAGUUCCUAGGCUCCAAUUACAGUGAAACAUUCUACUCCAUGAAAGGAGAAGCGUUCACCAGGCAUCUUCAGAUCAUGGAUCACUGUUUUUACCAAGGAUCCAUAGUACAUGAAUAUGAUUCAGCUGCCAGUAUCAGUACGUGUAAUGGUCUAAGGGGAUUCUUCAGAGUAAAUGACCAAAGAUACCUCAUUGAACCAGUGAAAUACUCAGAUGAGGGAGAACAUUUGGUGUUCAAAUAUAACCCGAGGGUGCCGUAUGUUGCCAAUUAUUCCUGUACAGAGCUUAAUUUUACCAGGAAAACUGUUCCAGGUGAUACUGAAUCUGAAGGAGACCCCAAAAUGAAAGCUAUCCAUAAUGAAAAGUACAUUGAAUUGUUCAUUGUUGCUGAUGAUACUGUGUAUCGCAGGAAUAGUCAUCCUCACAAUAAACUAAGGAACCGAAUUUGGGGAAUGGUCAAUUUUGUCAACAUGAUUUAUAAAACCUUAAACAUCCAUGUGACGUUGGUUGGCAUUGAAAUAUGGACACAUGAAGAUAAAAUAGAACUACAUUCAAAUAUAGAAACUACCUUAUUGCGUUUUUCAUCUUGGCAAGAAAGGAUCCUUAAAACAAGGAAGGAUUUUGAUCAUGUUGUAUUACUCAGUGGGAAGUGGAUCUACACACAUGUGCAAGGAAUUUCUUAUCCAGCGGGUAUGUGCCUGCCCUAUUAUUCGACCAGUAUCAUUAAGGAUCUUUUGCCUGACACAAACAUAAUUGCAAACAGAAUGGCACAUCAACUGGGGCAUAACCUUGGGAUGCAGCAUGAUGAGUUCCCAUGCACCUGUCCUUCAGGAAAAUGUGUGAUGGACAGUGAUGGAAGCAUUCCUGCACUGAAAUUCAGUAAAUGCAGCCAAAACCAGUACCACCAGUACCUGAAGGAUUAUAAGCCAACAUGCAUGCUCAACAUUCCAUUUCCUUGCAAUUUUGAUGAUUUCCAAUUUUGUGGAAACAAGAAGUUGGAUGAGGGUGAAGAGUGUGACUGUGGCCCUCCUCAGGAGUGUACUAAUCCUUGCUGUGAUGCACACACAUGUGUUUUGAAGCCAGGAUUUACUUGUGCAGAAGGAGAAUGCUGUGAAUCUUGUCAGAUUAAAAAAGCAGGGUCCAUAUGCAGACCAGCAGAAGAUGAAUGUGAUUUUCCUGAGAUGUGCACUGGCCACUCGCCUGCAUGUCCUAAGGACCAGUUCAGAGUCAAUGGAUUUCCUUGCAAGAACUCAGAAGGCUACUGCUUCAUGGGGAAAUGUCCCACUCGUAGGGAUCAGUGCUCUGAAUUAUUUGAUGAUGAGGCAACAGAGAGUCAUGAUAUCUGCUACAAGAUGAAUACAAAAGGAAAUAAAUUUGGGUACUGCAAAAACAAGGAAAACAGAUUUCUUCCCUGUGAGGAGAAAGAUGUCAGAUGUGGAAAGAUCUACUGCACUGGAGGGGAGCUUUCCUACCUCCUUGGAGAAGACAAGACCUAUCACCUUAAGGAUCCCCAGCAAAAUGCUACUGUCAAAUGCAAAACCAUUUUUUUGUACCAUGAUUCUACAGACAUUGGCCUGGUGGCGUCAGGAACAAAAUGCGGAGAUGGAAUGGUGUGCAACAAUGGUGAAUGUCUAAACAUGGAAAAGGUCUAUAACUCAACCAAUUGCCCCUCUCAGUGCCAUGAAAAUCCUAUGGAUGACCAUGGACUCCAGUGCCACUGUGAGGAAGGACAGGCACCUGUAGCCUGGGAAGAAACCUUAAAUGUUACCAAUGUUGCCAUCUUGAUUGUUGUGCUUGUCCUGGUUAUUGUCGGUAUCGGAGUUCUCAUACUAUUAAUUCGUUACCAAAAAUGUAUCAAGUUGAAGCAAGUUCAGAGCCCACCUAUGGAAACCCUGGGAGUGGAGAAUAAAGGAUACUUUGGUGAUGAGCAGCAGAUGAGGACUGAGCCAAUCCUGCCAGAAAUUCAUUUCCUAAAUCAGAGAACUCCAGAAUCCUUGGAAAGCCUGCCCACCAGUUUUUCAAGUCCCCACUACAUCACACUGAAACCUGCAAGUAAAGAUUCAAGAGGAAUCGCAGAUCCCAAUCAAAGUGCCAAGUGAGCUUGACGUUGGAUAUCCAAAAUGACUGUGCAAGCCUGGGCUUGGGAUUCUGGAUGCAAGAUCUUUACAACCUUACCUAGAUAUCUGCUACUCAAAUUUUUGGUAGUUUUUCCAGUGUCCUCUAUCCAGACAGAAAAUGUUUAAGAGAAGCAACUUCUUCCUGUUAAUAUUUACCGGUAGAAUUCACACCCUCUAUCAUAAACAUACGCUGCAGAAAAACAUUUCUCGUGGUCUUUCAAAUGCUCUUUACUGCAAUAUAAAAAUUCGUACUCUUGCCAUAGUAUUUUCCUACAAAAUGUUACUCUAGUUUAUUUUAAGAGUCCAAACUUUGAGGAUGAUAACUUACAGUCUAGGAAGAAAACAUUGCAUAUAAAAAGUUACUUCUUUGGAAAUGUAAAAGUACUUUUUAAAACUUGAAAUCAUUAGCACUAACUCUGGUUUAAAUGAAAUUCCUGCAGAAAUGCCAAAGAAGGCAGGGCUGAGUGGCAUGGAUUCUACUAGGUAAUUGAAAGUGAAAGAGGCAGAAGAAUAGUGGACAGAACUGCAGGAUAGUCCUUAAAAUAACGGUGGAAGGAAAGGAAAACACAGAAUACUCCUGGCAAUUCUAAAUUCCUAGGUUUACCUCUCUAGAAUUCCUUAAGAAGCUGACAGAGAAAUCAGAGGGUUACAAGAAUUUCAGAAAGGGUACUUCAAGUGAGGACAUACUCAAAACUCCUAUGAAGCGUUUCUAAGGUCUUUAUCAUGUGCUACUUGACAAUGUGCUAUUUCUGUGCCGUCUCCACCCCCUACCUGUCUGUCUGUUAUGGGAUGGGGGGUUACCCUGGGAAUGAUUUCAGCUGCUGCUUACACAGAUGCCUCUCAAGGUAUUCUUUUGUGUCCUCUAUUUUCUUCUUGCGAACUGUUAAAGCUACAUGCAAUAUUUUUUUUUUCCAUUUACUGAAAUAAAGUUUUCAAGUGCUAAAUAAAAAUAUUCUGACUCGAUGAAAUAAAUAAAGGCUACAACGGAAGG